AAACAAAUCGAGAAGUUUGCCUCUCCCUCUCCCAUACGUUCCGUGGCUCGACAGUCGACACUUCCCGUUCCCGGUCCCAGAAUAAUCCCAGUUGCCGCACAGACGUCCACCAAGGCAGCACCUGACACCUUCCUCUCCAGAGCACACCCGUCAGUGAGCAAGGAUGGCCAGCCGCGCCAGCUCCGAGGAGUCUUUAGACUUAGCAAUGUUCUCCUGCAACGCCUCCCUUCUCAACACCCAGACGACUCAGCAGCAAAGGCCACAGGCUCCACGCACCAUGUCCGUCAUCAGCAUGCCAGCCGUCACCACCGCCGCCGCCGCCACGAGUUGCUGGGGGAGGAUGGGCUGUCUUGUGGACGAGGAUGAACGUGCUGAUAAUGUGAAGCUGGUGCAAGCCACCAAACAAAAAAAUUAUAAAGAGUGCAAGAAAAUCCUGGAGGAGGGGAAGACAAAUGUUGAUACAAGAGAAGAGACAACCAGGCGAACUGCACUCCACUAUGCAGCCUGUUCUAAAAAAAGUGAAAUUCUCAAACUGCUUUUGGAACACAAUGCAUCCUGCAAUGUACAGGACAAUUUGGGAAACACUCCCUUACACUUGGCCAUAGAUAAAAAUAUCUUGCAUUGCUGUGAGAUCCUUCUGAAAGUGAACAACCUAGAGGUCAAUUUAGCAAAUAAGGAAAAAGACACUCCACUACACCUUGCAGCAAAAAAAGGCUUGAAGAAUAUUAUUGACAAGCUGCUGAAUCUCAACGCAGAUUGUCGUGUUUCCAACGCAUCUGGAAACACUCCACUCCAUCUAGCAGGAGCUGGGGGUCUUCAGAAUGUUGUUGAGAAGUUGCUGGAAAAGCAAGCAUACUGUGAGGCAAAAAACAGCUCAGGGGACACGCCGCUCCACCUCGCAGCAGCUGCCGGGCAUCGCGACUGCUGUGAGACACUUCUUGAGCACAGAGGCACCACGAUUGAUAAGGUGAAUGAUGAGGGAAACACUCCACUUCACCUUGCCGCCAAAGAAGGCAAGUCUGAAGUUGUUGAAUUACUUAGGAGAAACAAUGCUGACUGCAAUGCAAAGAACAAUUCAGAGGAGACCCCACUGCACCUGGUAAUUAUUGAGGAUCACCUUGACUGCUUCCAAAAGAUUACAGAAUUCACAAAUCUGGAUAUAAAUUCAAAAAAGAAAGAUGGCCUCACACCACUCCACUGUGCGGCCAAAAAAGGCAACGCAGAAAUCAUCAAGCAGCUGCUGAGCCACAAUGCAAACUGCAACAAAACAAAUAAUUGGGGAGAAACUCCGCUGCACCUGGCCAUCACCAAGGGCCACCUCAGCUGCUGCGAGGAGUUACUCAGAUGUGACAGCUUGGAAGUUAAUGAGAAAAGCAAGAACAAUGAAGCCCCAUUGCACCUGGCAGCAAAAAUGGGUCAAAGGGAUGUCUGCGACCUUAUCUUGACCCACAAAAAAGAAGAGACUGAUAUUGAUAUACUACAAGACAGAAGCCGUAAGACCCCAUUACAUUUAGCAGCACAAAACAGCAAUGAUAAAGUGGUAGAGCUACUGCUGGAAAAGGGUGCCAAGUGGAAGCAUCGAGACAAACAAUCAUACAUGGCUCUCCACUACGCUGCUGAGAAUGGUUGUGAAGAGUCAUGCCAAUAUUUAGUGAAUGUUUUGAAUGAAGACCCAAAUAGGAAAACAUUAAAGUUAACCCUGAAUGACAAGAAAACUCCCCUUAUGUUGGCAGCCAAGAAUGGACAUUAUAAAUGCUGUGAGAGGCUGCUCUUUGAAGAUAUUGAUGCCAAGGACAAAUUUGGAAAUACUGCCCUCAUGUAUGCCAUAGAGAGUGGCUUUCUGAAGACUGUUACUACCCUCUUAGAAAAAGGUGCCAGCACACAAUUAUUCAACUGUAGAAAAAGAACAGUCCUCCAUCAGGCAGCAAAGGCAAAGGCAGAUGAAUGCCUCAAGCACUUACUAAAAUAUUCAGACACUGAGGAGCUCGUAUCUGCCAAGGAAGGUAAAUAUGGCUUCACUCCACUACACGAGGCUAUCAGCAACGAAGCUCUUACAUGUGCCAAGGUCUUACUUGACCACGGUGCAUCCACUCUGGAGAAAUGCAAAGAAGGGAUGACUCCUUUGCAUCUGGCAGCAAAACAGGGAGAUCCAGGACUCUGCUCAUUGCUAAGUUCUGACAAGGAGAAGGUGAAUGUGGAAAACAAAGAUAAUCAAACACCACUGCAUGUAGCAGCAAUGCAUGGAUGCAGGGAUGCCUGUAAAGUACUCUUGAAGACAAAGGGCAUGAAAGCAUUGGCUAAAGAUAAGAAUGGUCAAACAGCCCUUCACCUUGCAGCAGACAAGGGGCACCACCAAGUGCUGAAAUUAAUCAUAAAGAAAGUAUCUCCCGCUGAAAAAGAUGAUGACGGCUCCACGGCUCUCCAUUUGGCUGCCCGGAACAAUCACCUGGAAUGCUGCAUGAGUCUGCUGGAGGCAAGCAGGCGCCUCAUUCGUGUAGUGGACGGGAAUGACAAGCUGGCCUUGGAUAUUGCAUUUGAACAAAAACAUGAUGAAGUGUUUGCGUUUCUGAUGAGAAACUUCAGACGAAAUAAAAUGGAUAAUACAAACAGGAAUGAGAAAAAUGAUGAGAGAGCCUCACGCUUCCACAAGUACAUGCACCAGGCACUGCAGGGGGCGGAGCCGAGGCCGGCUGCCGCUGAGGCCAUCAUUGACAGUGAGUGGUGGGAGGCAGGCUUCUUCCCACAGCACACAGAAAACUCUGGGGAAAACGAUAAGCAUUAUUGUAGCAAUUUCCGGGAGCUGAUAAAACAUCACCCAAGCCUUGCCCUAAAGGCCCAGAAUUGCUGCAUUCAAAACACUUCAGAUGACAAGAUUUCACACGACUUCCGGCUCUUUGAUAAAAUCUACUGUCCCGAAAAAGGCCCAAUGAAGCCGGAGGGAAGCCCCACUCUCACCAGCUCUCAGCGACUCCUACAAGAGCACCCCCUCAGCCUGAUGGUCCAGCACACCAGGGCCGAGCUGCUGCAGCACUCACUCAUCGAGGGAUUGCUGAUACACCUCUGGAAGACCUACUUAUCCUACUUAUUCAUCUUCCUUCUCAUCAUUGAGGUCCUGUACCUUGCUUCUCUCGUAUCCUUCAUGGCUAACACAGACAACUGGGCUCACAUGGAAAGCAAGUGUAAUUUAACAUAUGAGCUCUUAUGUGGUGCUGGGGCUCAUCUCUCACCCAAGACUCUGGAAGGCGCCUCAAAUACCACUGGUGCAGCAGAGACUUCAAGAAUGGAAAGUUUCAAUCCAUGUCAAAAUAUUGUGUCAUCAAACUUUGGGACGUGGUUCUUCCUGCUGGUUAUGACUGCUAUAAUCAUGGUCAAGGAAGGCAACUACAUAUACAAGCUUCGGACGUGGUACUUCAGGUCAAAAAGGUUACUGAGGGUUUGCCAAAUCUGUUGCACUCUCAUUCUUCUGCCGCCGAUUGGAAUUUGUGGAUUUCACCACCAGACGUGGAUAUGGACUACUGGGCAGUGGCACUUUGGCAUUGUUGGGCUGCUGCUGGAGUGGCUCCUGGUCAUCAGCAUGCUCAACCAGCUGCCGAUGCUCUUUGUCUUCAUGCCAAUAACAAGGGACUUUUUUAGUACCUAUAUAAAAGCCCUCAGCUACAUUCUUUUAAUUUUGUUUGCAUUCUCUCACAUCUUCCACUUGCUGCUGGCUGAUCAGGCCGCCUUUCAAUCUUGGCCUCAGUCCACAAUGAAGAUGAUUGUUUGGCUAUUUGGUGACUACAGCUACGAUGACACCUUUGUUCAAAACAAUCAGGUCCACCCACACAUGGGAAGACUGAUGUUUGUGGCCUUCAUCAUCGUCGUUGGUGGCUACAUUGUCAAUCUGGCUGUUACACAGCCUUCUGAGAGAAACCAGGAAUUCCAAAGGAGAGCAGCAUACUUCCGUAUGGAAUCUCAGAGUACACUCUUCCUGGAGAUGAGGGCUUGCUUCCCUUUUUGUAAACUAAGUACAAAAUGCCUGGGUUCAAAGAAGAACUGCUUAAAUGCUUUAGGCAGCCAGCUGGCAAAAACAAUCAUGAGGAUGGAAAUCACACAUACAAAAAGCAAGCAAGAGGAAAACUCGCUGCAGAACCUGGAGCAGCAAGUCACCGAGCUGAUGAACCUGAGUACAGCACAGGCGGAGGAACUGAGGGACCUCAAGGACAAGUUGGAUAUUCUCUUCAGAAGACUACCUGAACUUAGGUCAUAAUCCUGAAAACUGUUGUUAUGGCUUCAUGGCUAUGCUUACAAGGAUAGAAUGUGCUUCCAGAUAUACAGAUGUUGUGGGUGGUGGUGGCAUCUGGCUUCCUUUUAACAUACCUGGUUACCCACAUUCCUUUUCUACUACAGGCUCAACUUAUCCAAGACCUACCCAUCAAAAUGAGUUCACUUUAAAUCCUUUAAAAUGGAUCUAUUGGAUUGCAAGUCGGGUGCCACAGCUACAAUAAUCCGAGCACUAAUAGUGUAUAAUUAACUUAUUGCAGCUAAAAAGCUUGCAAAUAGACUAUAGCUCUGGCUGGGUGCCUCACUGCUUGGUGCAGACUGUCACACUCUUAAGAUCUUCCAUUAUAUAUAACAUCUCUCUGGAGAUAAGAAUUAA